UUGAUGCUUACAUACGUAUACCAUUUAGACACUGUAAUCGGGGAGAAGCGAAUGGAUGAUGAAGAAGUUGGGUAGAAAAUUGAAGAGAUCUGGCGAUGACUAUGAAGACGACGACAAGUUCUCUCUCCCCACUCGUGACGAUUUCCAACCCAUUGAUUCUCAAGAACAGGAGGAGCUGGUCCGAUCAUUAGAGAGGAGUCAAGCUCAACAAAGUCUAUUAUGGAGGAGAGUGUUCGCUACUCUUCUCUUCUGUUUUGCUGCAUUUCUAAUUUAUUCAAUCUAUCAACAAGCUUCGUCUCCGUGGGAACUGCGUUAUCAUGCUUACUUCAUGGAUGAGGUUGACUCAUGGAUCAUUAUAUCUGCAGAUUGGGUAGCCGUUUUAGUGUGUUCAAUUACCAUAAUGGGGGUACUUCAUAAUUUGAAGAAUCAUAAGCAGUGGCUUUGGUACUCUUGCUUUGCUGGUGCUUUACUGGCAGUCUUCUGGUUAUAUUACAUGCUGAGAUUGCCAAAAUUCAGGUGGGAUGUUAUUUGGCUCCCCUUUGGGCCUCUGAUUGGAGCUGGUAUGUGUCUUUAUGUGGACCAUUUACUCGAUGAAUCAUCUCAAGAAGUAAGAAAACUACGAGGCUACAUGUAUGCUUACAAGGCUAGCUAAUAGAUUUCUCCAAUCUACUUUGACAAGCAAUAGAUAUGGCAGCAGAUAGAGAGUUUCUAGCUUAGUUGCAGACAAUCAGAAAAUAUUUCCACGCAAACUUUUGCGUUGAAAGGACAUCUAAUGCAUUUGGCUAACACGUGGAAGCUGGCCAUCUGCAUCUGGGCACACAGCUUGUAGUAUUGAGGAAUUGGUCGUCUUGUGUUUUUUUCGAUUUGUGAUCCUACUCGAGUAUUUCACCAACUGUUCUGAAUUAUAAUCACUCCUUGCCUAGUUAAUGGUCAUAAUUAUAUACUGUAAUAUUGUCUUGUUCAAUCAAAAUGGUACCCAAUGCUUAAUUCUCAUUAAUUUA